AUGCAUGCGGGAGGUGAUGCUGAGGUGGACGGUUGUCCAGCGACUACUAUCGGUUUCGAUGAUACGGAUAUGCCGUGGAAGACAGGUAAACUCCUGAUCAGGAAACUCACGGCGCAUUUUAUCAUCCUCGAAACCAUUGGCCGAGACCUCAAGAUGUUCCGAUCAGCGCGCGAGCUGGUGUCGUCUAUGGCAGACGCGAUGGAAGCCCAUCAGCUCGCGUACGACGAGCUCCAUAUUCUCCACCGCGAUAUCAGCGCGGGUAACAUCCUCAUAUCCACGGACAAACCUGAUCGUGGUAUCCUGAUCGAUUGGGACCAUUGUAUUUUCAUGGACAAUUUGACGGAAGACAGAAAAACGAGGGUGCAUCGAACUGGAACGUGGCAAUUCAUGUCAGCGCAUCUGACAGCGAAUCCGGAAUCUGCGUGCCAUGGCCUCGUCGACGACCGUGAAUCUGCUCUGCACGUACUGCUGUACAUGGGUAUCCGGCAUCUCGCCCACAACAAGGCCAACGCCUUCGAAAUGCGAGACCUGCUGAACAUGUUCGACGACUACAUUGAAGUCGACGGAAACCCAUAUCGCAAAGGAACGAUGUCAAAACUCAAUUUCAUGGCAUCUGGCGCCCAAGAUCUCAUCUUCAAUGUCAAACCCAUAAAUAGGCUCAUCCGAGCACUUUGUGGCUCGUUCUCCACUCGCUACGAACAAGACUCCGAAGACACAGAAGAUGACGAGGACGCCGAGGACCAGGAUCUGACCAUAUCAACCCUACGGGCUGCGCAACGUCAAAGCAGACUCGAGAAUAUGAAGAAGCCUGAAUGGCUUUAUGAAGUGUUUCGCCGCUAUGCUGUGCGCCUUCCCAUGCUAUCACCUGGCGAGUUAGACUACAUCGACAACACGAAAGUUCUCAAGCCGAACAGAAAACGACCGCUAGUGGACGAUCUAUGCGAUGACGCCGACGAUUCGAAAUUGAUCUCAACCCACGAUGGCAUAGCAGGUUCAAUCGAUGCUGGCAUUGACUUAGCUCCUCCCGUCGAGACCCCACCUCGCAAGAAGCAGCGCACUGGCAAGAAAUAA